AUAUAUAUAUUGAUGUCCAAAUUCACUCUUUUAAGCCAACCCCCUUAGUCCAUUUUUCAAAAUCCUUUAUAGAAAAUAAUUAUGGGAAGAGCUCCAUGUUGUGAUAAAGCAAAUGUGAAGAAAGGGCCAUGGUCACCUGAAGAAGAUGCUAAAUUAAAAGAAUAUAUUGACAAAUUUGGCACUGGUGGAAAUUGGAUUGCACUUCCACAAAAAGCUGGGCUAAAAAGAUGUGGGAAAAGCUGCAGAUUAAGAUGGCUUAAUUAUCUUAGGCCUAAUAUUAAACAUGGAGAAUUUUCAGAUGAAGAAGAUAGAGUCAUUUGCAGCCUUUAUGCUAACAUUGGAAGCAGGUGGUCGAUAAUAGCAGCCCAGUUACCAGGAAGAACAGAUAACGAUAUCAAGAAUUAUUGGAACACAAAGCUUAAGAAGAAAUUAAUGGGAUUUGUCUCUUCAUCUCACAAGAUUAAGCCUCUUAAUCAUCAUCAUUAUCAACACCAAAUUCCCACUAAUUAUAAUUACAACAAUUAUUCCCCACAAAUUUCACUUUUUCAAACUUCAUCUCUAUUAAUUUCAUCAAAUUAUAACACCAACACCAACAACACAACUUUCCCAUGCUAUGACAUAAAUGCCCCUAUAAGUAAUUUCUUGAGCAAUGGUGCAUCAACUAGCUGUACCUCAGGCAUUACUACUAGUACUUUCCAAGAAAAUAAUUUCGUGGGGCCCACUGCUACGUCUUCCGACGAGAGUUAUGGCGUAUCGAAUUUAGAUUUUCAUACCUAUAUGUAUAAUAACGGUGUUAUUGGUGAAGAAGGAGAGGAUCAGGGUAACUCGAAAUUCUUGAUCAGUGGAAAUAAUGGUGGUGGUGGUUGUUAUGUUGAUGAGCAACAAAAUCCAUUAGAUUAUAGUAGCUUGGAGGAGAUUAAGGAGUUAAUUAGCACUAAUCAUGUUACAUGUAAUAAUAAUAAUUUACUUCUUGAUCAUGAGAUUAAGAUUGAAGAAAAAGUCAUGAUGUACUAUUGAUGUACAAAUCAUAUGAUUUUUCAAUUUGGGUAAAGUAGUUGUCUUUUUUUAUAGUACAAUUGGUAAAGUAAAACAUUUCUUUUUUGUGCA